GAAAGAGAAAAGUGUCGUUCUCAAACGGAUCGAAAGUUAUGAAGUGAUAAAAAAUGACACAUACGAGGUUAAAAAAUCUAUUAUGCUGGUAAUACAGAGACUUAUGGUCUGUUCUUUUUAGUCGAAAAAUGUAAGAUAGUACAUAUAAGCGGCCGAGGGGCGGAGUUCUACACCUCCUUCCUGAAGAAAUCCUAACCUAACCCAACUUAUUGCAUCUUCAUAUGUUGUUGUUGGGCAUUGUUGUAAAGAUUAAAAUAUUUAAAACUUACGCUUAACAAUACAUAAAGAUGCAAUAAGUUGGGUUAAGUUAAGAUUUCUAUGGGGAGGAGAGUGUGAGGAAGGAGCGGAGCCCCGCCCGCGCUUAUAUUUUCAGCAAAAUUGGAGAGAAGGCCCAUAUUCUUCAUAAUUACCAAUAAUAUAUUUUAUAUAGUGAGGCAUAAUAUCCGGAAAUGGAAAACGACAAACCUGUUAUAUAUGGGCUCGAAUUUCAAACCAGGGCACUGUCAGCUCAAACAGCUGAGACUGAUAUUGUAAGAUUUUUAGUAGGAACGCAGUCUUUAAAAUUUAGUAACAAUCAAGUUCACUUGGUAGAACUUAAUGAAGAAACAGGAAAUUUAAAAACUCAAGUGUUUCAACAUCCAAUGGGAGAAAUCUGGUCUAUACAAGCUUCUCCAACAGAACCUGAUACAUUUAUUACAUGUUAUAAUAGUUUGAGUGAAGAAGGUACUUGCCAAAUGAAAGGAGCUGUUUGGCAAUUUCCUGAGAUAAGAGAAUAUACUAAUGAUAUUCUGCAACUCAAUAAAUUAGCAGAUAUUGAUACAACUCCAUAUGGUACUGAUCUUAAAACUAUUGCCUAUCAUCCUACAGAUAGUAAAAAAGUUGUUUCUGUAGUGGAUAAUAAUUUUGUUUUAUGGGAUUUGUCAAAUGAAGGGCCGCAGACUAUGGUAUCAGGUACUCUGGAAGGUAAAGGUCAGCCACGGUUCACAAAUGGCAAAUGGAAUCCCCAUAAUGGAGCUAAUCAGUUUGUAACUUUAAAUGAAAACAAUGUACGUGGAUGGGAUUUUAGAAAUCCAACCAAUGCUGCUUGGUCUAUUCUAUGUGCACAUUCACAGAUUAUCAGGGAUUUAGAUUUCAAUGCAAAUCGUCAAUAUUUUUUGUCCACUUGUGGUGACGAUGGAUACAUGAAAUUCUGGGACAUUCGGUUUCCGACAGAACCAGUGCUAUCACGUAUGGAACAUUCACACUGGGUGUGGAACAUAAGAAUCAAUCGUUUCCACGACCAACUUGUUUUAACAUCCAGCAGUGACUCAAGAGUAAUAUUAUGCAGUAUUGCAUCUAUCUCAUCUGAGCCAUUUAGACAUAUAGUAUCAGCUGAAGACGAAUCUUCACAAAAUGAAGAACCUUGCAGGAAAAAGAAAUUGGAAGAUGGUCUUGUAGGCAAAUAUGAAGAACAUGAAGAUAGUGUAUAUGCAGUAGAAUGGUCAUCUGCUGAUCCCUGGACAUUUGCAUCUCUCAGUUAUGAUGGAAGAUUGGUUCUUAAUAAAGUACCACGUAAAUAUAAGUAUCAAAUACUUUUAUGAAUUUAUGAAAUGGUAUUAAUUAUAAUCUCACAUUAUAUUUAUAGAAAAU